AUGGCAAAAUCUAUGGCAAUCAAUAUUCUUUUCACUAUUCCUGAACUGACUCCUAAACAUGCGUUUUGCACUAUUGAAUAUCUGACUCCGCUAAAAUAUAAUAUUUCUGGCACGUGUUUUCAGGGUCCAAUUACUCGCGAUGAUUUAGCCUUGUUACAUUGUCCACACGCUGAAUUUAUUUUAAAACGUACACUAUUAGACAACUGUUAUCACACAGACGAUACUUUUGUUUGUCCCCAACACAUUUUGAAGACAGUCAACGAUACUCGAUGGUUAGGCCUACCUUGGAAUAAAAACGCAAAACUGAAUUUCGUUCGGCGAUGCCAACAAGCCCCGGACUGUUCAGACCUUCACAAUUUAUACCAUUUAGGAGGCCGAUAUUAUUUGUCUACUCAGCAAGGGUUACUACCCGUUUACAACACUACUGACGGUUCCUCUCAUUUAAUUUCACUUACACCAUUAACGGUCUACCAUUUUCCUUGCGAAUUAAGUUUCACUACCCAACAAACCAGUUUAGGUACCUACCCUCAUAGUAUAACUCUUCAUUUACCGAUAUUCAGUUCUAAUUCAUUUCGUUACAUUCCGUGGCAAAAUGACAACGAUGACCUUUUAAAAUUACAUUACCAAUCGCUUAAUUUUACACCUCCACUUCAAUUCGAUAAUCAAACACUCCAAUCACUUGACCACACAUUUCGUCUGCUUGACGGACAAUUCACUUCUCAAAUUGCCACAAUACAACAAGACCUUUCCCAUUUACAUUCUGUUAGUUCCACCACACUUAAUGAUCGGCUUACCUAUAUUGCUCUCUCACUCACCUUGCUGAACACUUUUGUCAUCAUUGUCUUGUAUUGUCGCAUGAAACGACCGCCAAAUCAACCAUUGUUUAGUACUGUUCUGUUUCGGCGCAAACAGUUUCCUAAAAGUAGUACAAACGCCGCCUCACACAUCGCCUGUCAGUGAAAACGACAUCAAGCUUGAAGCCUCGCCGUCGACUACUAAUACUGACCCUAGUCAAGAAAAUGCCACUUGUUCCACCUGUAAUAAGCCUGUUUCAGUUUAA